AGGGGAGAAUCCAGACGUUCUCGCUGUCUUCGAAGCGUGCGGUCCCUGCAGAAAUGGAAGGAAGGGCUGUCACUGGACAAGGACUGCGAGAAAGGCUUGGGGAGGACGUUCAAGGGCAGCGCUUCGUCUCCUCUAGGAGAGGGAAGUCGAGGCAGCCCCGUUGUGGGCCGCUGGGGGUGUCCUCGUUCCCUGCCACCCAGCGUCCGGGAGGGAGGCCUUUUGCCCUCGUAAGGAUGUUGUGAAAAUUGGUCAAGGCGGCGCUGCGAGCUGGGUCUGGCAUCUGAGGGCGAUGGGACCGCCGGCUGCGCCCCGAAAGAUGAGUUAGAGAACGAGAGCGCCUUAGUCAGGAGCCCCCUCUGGCCGGAGACCCCCGCGCGUUUCCUCGAGACGGGGCUCCCCCGCCCCCCGCUUUUAUCGUGUCCUGCCUUUCUUUGCUGCUUGGCUCGAAUUCUGAUUUCAUCAUGAACACUGUAACGAAAAGCUGUUUGAUCCGGGAGCCCCCGGACCCUCAUGGAAUGUCAGCACCCGCGGAGGCAGCAGCAGCAGUUCUCUUCGCUGGAUGACAAGCCACAGUUCCCGGGGGCCUCGGCAGAGUUCAUCGACAAGCUAGAGUUCAUCCAGCCCAAUGUCAUCUCCGGGAUCCCCAUCUACCGCGUCAUGGACCGCCAGGGCCAGAUCAUCAACCCUAGCGAGGACCCCCAUCUGCCCCAGGAGCAGGUCCUCAAGUUCUACCGGAGCAUGACGCUGCUCAACACCAUGGACCGCAUCCUCUACGAAUCCCAGCGGCAGGGCCGGAUCUCCUUCUACAUGACCAACUACGGCGAGGAGGGCACGCAUGUAGGCAGCGCAGCGGCCAUGGACAACACGGACCUGGUGUUCGGCCAGUACCGGGAGGCAGGUGUGCUGAUGUACCGGGAUUACCCCCUGGAGCUGUUCAUGGCCCAGUGCUACGGCAAUGUCAACGACCUGGGCAAGGGGCGCCAGAUGCCCGUGCACUAUGGCUGCAAGGAGCGCCACUUCGUCACCAUCUCCUCCCCGCUGGCCACCCAGAUCCCCCAAGCGGUGGGCGCUGCCUACGCAGCUAAGCGGGCCAACGACAACAGGGCUGUCAUCUGUUACUUUGGCGAAGGGGCGGCCAGUGAGGGGGACGCGCACGCUGGCUUCAACUUCGCCGCCACCCUGGAGUGCCCCAUCAUCUUCUUCUGCCGGAACAAUGGCUAUGCCAUCUCCACGCCCACCUCGGAGCAGUACCGCGGGGAUGGCAUUGCGGCGCGAGGCCCCGGCUACGGCAUCUUGUCCAUCCGCGUGGACGGCAACGAUGUAUUUGCUGUGUACAACGCCACCAAGGAGGCCCGGCGUCGAGCCGUGGCUGAGAACCAGCCCUUCCUCAUCGAGGCCAUGACUUACAGGAUCGGACACCACAGCACCAGUGACGACAGCUCUGCCUACCGCUCUGUGGACGAGGUCAACUACUGGGACAAGCAGGACCACCCCAUCUCGCGACUGCGCCAUUACCUGCAGAGCCGCGGCUGGUGGGACGACGAGCAGGAGAAGGCCUGGAGGAAGCAGUCCCGCAAGAAGGUGAUGGAGGCCUUCGAGCAGGCCGAGCGGAAGCCGAAGCCCAACCCCAACCUGCUCUUCUCAGACGUGUACCAAGAGAUGCCGGCACAGCUCCGCAAGCAGCAGGAGGCCCUGGCCCGCCACCUGCAGACUUACGGCGAGCACUACCCGCUGGAGCACUUUGACAAGUGAGGCCGUGGCCCCUCCGUUGGGCUGUUACAGUUGAGAGGGCUCCGUCAGCCCCCUCCUCACCUGCUCUGAGUGCCUUCUCGGGGGGCGGGGGCGGGCGAGGGAGCCUUGGCUUGGGGCCCCCCAGGGCAGGCUGGGAGAGGCCAGCCCUGGGAGAAGCCAGCCCUGCAGUUCUGAGUCAGGGCCGGUGAAUGAAUAAACCAAACCACAUCUCCACACAA